AUGUCGGUGGGUAUGUCGCGUUUCUCUUCCAACGCUCACGAAAUCGAAAACCAUUGGCGCAAUCUUCACGAUAUCUUUCAAAUCGCUGUCACUCAAGUCGAGACCGUCUCUGAGGCCACUGUUUUGGUGGCGAAGCACCCCUCAUCCGGGGGACAAAACGAGGCCAGGAAGGCCUCUACUGAACCUUCUUUCGGAGCUAUGGGUGAUGAUAAUUCGAUAUUCGACGGGUAUUUUGGGUGUGGACAUGGAGAGAAUUCGGUUCAGGAUCGGGCUAGCGCUUCAAACUCUGUUUUCACAGCUGGUAUAUCGCUAUCUCUAAUCCCACAACGAAAAACGACGACGACGAUGAUGGAGGAGAAGUGUGUGGAUGCGGAAGAGCUAGGGAAACAGGACGGUGGGACGGUUAUUCCAGGUGUAGUGUUUCUGUGUUUGGAGGGAUUGAAGAUAACCAUUCCUGAAUCCACUUGCCACUCACUGUUCUCCUGGCAGAUGCCUCAACUUGAAAACCUGUUGGUAUCGCGUAUGACACUUGAUUCGCCCGCUCCGAUCGUUUCGUUAGAUGGAGUGUUCCAUUUAUUCUUCAAGGUCCAUGGCAAGAAGUUUGUUCAACUCGAGCUGUCAUCAACAUCUCAAGGCGAAGAUGGGUUUUUGUUGAAGGAGUUGUGCCCAAAUCUGAGGAGUUUUGUCAAGGAUGGAAAGCCUUACUCGAGUACCUACCAUCUACUUAAUUACUAUAUCUAA